CAAAGCCGCGGGGAGUCAACACCACCCCAUCCCGUCAACCUCUCUCCCUCUCGCCAGUUCAUUCCGUGGCGCUGUUAAUUUAUACCGCGCGCACGUUUGACCACAGAACUUCCCGUGUUCUCUUCUUCUCUUCUCCCACCUCCAUUCGCCAUCGGUCUCCGCUGCUGCGCAGCCCCGUUCAGACCGGGCAUCCGGGGGCAUUGAUUAAGCUUAAAGCUUCCUGCUGGUCAACUCCCCGCUCCACCAUGCCAAGGAGAGGAGACUCUGUUUUUAUUUAUACUACCUUCUCCGAUUCUCUCAGUUUCGCUUGACCUGACUACUUAGCUUGGCGGCGAACGCCGGCACGCGGCGUGGAACUUCCGAGAACUGGACCGGGUGUUGCGGGGGGAUCGAAGAAAGACGACGACGACGACGACGGCGACGAGCUGCACAAGCUAGCUUCCGAGCUUGUAUUUGUUCCGACUUGCGACUGGCUUGGAAGGAGUGGUGGAAAGAACGGGGAAAGAUACAGGAGAACUGGAUUCUGGACCUGGUAUUGCAUAACAUAGGAGGAGACGGCCUUUGCAUUCAUAGCAGUUUGGUGGUGAUUGGUACCUACAGCCUGGAAAUAUUGUGCCGUGGGUGAUGUCCUUGGCCGUUCUUGUUUGAUGGCAAGUGCAAACACGGGAGGGUUCCGCCUCGUGAGGUGCCCAAAGUGUCUCAACAUCCUACCAGAGCCUGCAAAUGUUUCAGUCUACCAGUGCGGUGGAUGCAACACCACUCUUCGAGCUAAAGUCCGUCCUGGCAGUGCACAAAAUGUGGCCACAAAACAGGUUCAGCAAGACUCCGGCGAUCACUCUGUUAUUACACCUGUGAGCAAUGGAGCGUCCACAAAACAAGUUAGGCAAGACUCGGGCAGCUACUCUGUUGUUACCUCGGUUGGCAAUGGGGUGUCUCCUCAAAGCAAGGAACUGGAUUCCAUUGGUGCUGCCCUGGAUGAUCCCUGCACUCCAGAUACUCCAUGCACCGAGGCCGAGCACGAGAGCAAUGGCUUUGGAAGCAAUGAGGAUGGUGAUGCCAUUCCAGCUGAGAAGAAUGUGUUGGAGGUUGAAAUUACCGAGUGCAAUGAACACGACAGUUCUGAUGGAAGGGACACCGAUGGAGAAAUGGAAGAGCUUGCUGCCCUCAUACAUGGCACGCAUAUAGGUUCUGACAAUGAAGAGAACAUCACUGUGGAGCGAAGUGCAGAGAGUCCAGAGGCUUGCACAGUAGGAGAAGAGGAUGAAGAGGAACGCAGUCUGAAAGCCUCACAGCCCUUGUCUGAUGGAAGAGGAUCGCCUGUCAAUUCGCCAGAAUCUGAGCAGAGUGGAGCAUGCAAAACUGAAGCUGCUGCAGGCACGAGAAGGAAGCUCGUAAGGGUGCAAUCUCGAUCUUGUGAUCUCCGAGAAGGGGCUAGAGUGUCGGUUGACUCGCUUGAUUUCCACUCCUCUCGGACUUCAUUCCAGUCAAAGAGCUUCAGGGCAAGUGAACCCCUUGAAUCAAAGAUCAUGAAGACGGUGGAUGAAUUGAAAGAUGACCUGUCCGAAAUUUUCAGUAAACCAUCUUCUGACUGCAAGCCAAGGGCACACCCUGCACGUCCUCUGAAACAAGAUGGUUACAGGCCUCAUGUUGCCAUCGCAUCCAGCCAACCUCUUACAGCUUAUCAUCCUACUACCAAGCAUUCUGGCAUUGCAUCUCGUCUGAGUCGGUCUGGCCAAGUUGCUCCUCAUGGCCAUGGGCUACCCUUACCGCGGUAUCGUCGACACAGUGCUUAUUCGUACGGUCACAGUGGGCAAAUGGAGAUGAGACCAUGCCCUCACCAAUGCUACCACCAUAGCUGCGGGCCACCUUGUUGCAGCUCCUGGAAACAAGAAACUGCACCACAGAAGCCACAAGCCAAGAAGACCAAGCGGCGGCCUCCACCGAAAAAUCUCUGUCGACCAGUCCUAAGGGGCGCGCCAUUCGUCCUUUGCUCGAACUGCCUCAGGCUGGUCCAGUUGCCCACCGGUUUUGCCAUUCCAAGCAGAGGAACACGCCGGCUGCAGUGUGGCUCCUGCUCAAAAGUUCUCUCCUACUCUUACAGAGACCCAAGCAGAAAGAAACUUCAGUCACCAUUUGGGGGGGAUGAGUCCAGCGUAGAUGACUACGGAAAUCAGCAGGUAGAUGAUGAGUACAACGCUGAUGCCCAUCAAGCUGACCCAUACUCGUACUCGGAAGAGUACGGUAUCUCAGCUGGUGCAAGCUAUUCUACCGAGGACGGACAACCCCUGCAUGUGUCAAGGAACUCGUCUUUCAACACCAUCGAUGAAAGAAGUGCCAAGGAGUCUAAGCUUCACCGGUUGAUGGGGUACUCUUCAGCGAGUGAGCUGAUGCGGCGUUCUCCUGAUCUCUAUGAGAGUUUCAGCAGACGAGCACCUAAUGCAAGAGCAUAUGACAUGAAGGGGAAAGGCGUUUGCGUGACCGGUGAUGAUUCAAGUGCAAAACAUAUUGCAGUGAAAUCAAAAGCAAAAGAGAGAAGUGUAGGCUUGACAUUCCAAGGAAUGUUCAAGAAAAGGAUUCAUUGACUGGAGUCUCUCAAUCUCAGGCCAUAGCUAACCUCGGUUCCCAGCUGGCGAGUUUAGGAGAAAGUAUACAAGUAGAUUCAGUUUUUGGAAUCGUGAUAGAAUGAUGGGUAUUUUGGUGUAGUAGACUAGUAGUAGUUAGCCUUCCAAUCGGUGAGUGAGUUCACUGAGUUAUUUGCCAAUCCUCUGUAAGGUUACUGGUUUGGAAAAAAUGUGUGCUUUUCGACGUGUGUAUAGUUUCUGGACUCCAAAUUUUCAGCAUUGUGAUCGCAUCUAUAGACGAAAUAAUAUGUGCUUUAUUAUUUUUGUUUUUUAA